ACCCUGCGGUUCACUCAGCUGACCGAUGUGGGGGUAAUUUGACUCACACAUUCCCGUAAAACAGGAACACAGCGUGGAUCAAGGCGGUCCAAAGGCAUACUUCGCAACAAAUACCAAUUCUAAAGAAAAACUAUUGGCUUCGGCAAACAGAGGUCGAGUAAUGUAGACCUACCAUAACGGUUACGCAGUUAAAAGAAACGGUUUGAUGUAAUCAGAAAAAAAGAGUGAGGAGGAAGCGAAGCUGUUUCCCCUUCACAUUAUUAUAGCUAUAUUAUCAAAACUCAAUGAAAGUUGCCUGUUGUCAUUCUUGCGAUCCCUUGAGGUGAGGUAAACAUACGAAUAGGGUAAGGAGUGAGAGCUCUACUCACUCCUCAUCAUUGACUUGUGAUUGUGAAAUGGAAGAGACAUCUGCCUCAGUUCCUGGACUGGAGAUAAAAUUAGUUGGCCUGUUUGUGCUGCUCUCAGCAACGCUCCUCUUCGGCUCUGCUCCUUUGUGCUUUAUACGGGGCACUGGGCGCUGGAGCACUAACCCAGAAAUCCGACACAAAGUAUUGAAUUAUGUCAGCUGCUUUGCUGGGGGAGUGUUUCUGGCCACCUGCUUACUGGAUCUCAUCCCUGACUAUCUGACAGAGAUCAACCGGGCAUUCCUAAAUGUCGGCAUUACGCUGCAUUUCCCUCUCCCUGAGUUCAUCAUGGCCAUGGGUUUCUUCAUGGUCUUGGUAAUGGAGCAGAUUGUCUUAGCCCUCAAAGAUGAAUCUGGGAACAUCUCAGAAGAGAGACAAGCUCUAUUGGUGGGGUCCGGCAUCCAAACACAUGACAAAGAACACCCAAGACACAUACACCAAGUUGCCUCAUCAAGCCACACACGGGCAGAUCUCAGCAGACGAGGUUCUGACACAGAUGGCGUCCAUUUCCAUGUUGAUUUCAACUCCCACUCUGCCAUCCGUGCCUUCAUCCUGGUGUUCUCCCUCUCACUUCACUCUGUGUUUGAAGGCCUGGCAGUAGGACUACAGCAGGACUCGCAGCAAGUGCUGGAAAUCUGCCUGGCCUUGCUGCUCCACAAGAGCAUCAUUGCCUUCAGCCUUUCCCUGAAGCUAACCCAGAGUCGGCUAAAACGGUCUGCGGUGGUGGGGAGUCUCCUGCUCUUCUCCAUCAUGUCCCCGCUGGGCAUCGCGUUGGGCAUUGGCCUCACGGAGAUGAAGUCUACGCCACAGCACCAACUGGCUCGAUCCACCCUGGAAGGCCUGGCCUCCGGAACCUUCCUCUACAUCACCUUCAUGGAGAUCUUGCCACAUGAGCUCGGCUCUCCCAAAGAUCGCAUCCCAAAGGUGGCACUGUUGCUCACCGGCUUUGCUGUUGUGACUGGAGUGCUGUUUAUCAAAUUAUAAAGGGCAGAAUGUCUUAUAAAGGGCAGAAUGCAUUUGACAACUGUUAUGGACUGUUUUUGUAUGGAGAAGAAAUGAUUUACAAUCUAAUGCAAUCCUUCAAUGGAGGAUUAUACCCAAGUCCAUUGCAGUUGAGACUGAGAUAUAAUCAAAUGCUUUUUUGAAUGUAUUUUUUAUUUUCUUUAGAUAACAGCUAAUCAGACAUUUUGGGCUUUUGUAAUGCAUAUAAAUUGUUAAAUGAUGGUUUAUAAUUACCCAAAUUGGAUGUGGACUUUCCUUGUCCAAGCAUUUCUUUAAUAAGUACAAUUAUUUACUUGCACACACUUAACAUUUACUGCUGUUACUGUACUUGAAUUUAAUCAUAAAACAUAAUAUAAUGUUUGCCUCAACCAGAGAUUAUUAUUAUGGAUUGUCGUUUGGCCACUAAGUGGCUUUUAUUUCAGAUGUGGUGAAAUAAUAAAAAUUGCGGAGCAUCAAA